AUGGCAUUCAAGUUUGUUGCUCUCCUUGCUUUCAUCGCUGUGGCCAGUGCUGGUGUUGUUCCUGUAGCUCAAGUUUAUCAUCCUGCUGCUGCACCCACCACUGUGAUCAAAUCUUUUGCACCUGUAGCUUAUGCUCAUCCCCAACCCGUUUUGGCCAAACAUCAUGAUGAUCAAUACGAUCCUCAUCCCCAAUACAAAUUCGCCUACGAAGUUAACGAUGAACAUACUGGUGAUAAUCACAGCCACCAAGAAGAACGUGAUGGUGAUAUUGUACAUGGUGAAUACUCCUUAAUUGAUGCUGAUGGUUUCAGACGUGUAGUCCAAUAUACGGUUGAUCCUCACAGUGGUUUUAAUGCCGUCGGUAAUCGUAUUCCUUUGGAUCAACACGUUAAGACUGUUGUAAAACAGGUAGCCGCUCCUGUUCAUUAUGUUGCACCUGCUCCAGCCACCACUUUUGUCAAACAAUAUCCAGUUCCAAUAGCUUAUCAUCAACAUCAUUAAAUGUCAUUUAAUUAAGGAUUGCUGUUGUCAUUUCUUUUAUUUAGUUUUAAGAAUAAAUUGUUGCAUAUUUGAAAAAAA